AUGGCUACAUCCACAUCUACGUUCAAGAGCAAAGUCAACAUCACUCAUAUCGGAACCGCCACCGCGAUUCUCGAUAUCGAUGGCAUUACCUUUCUGACCGAUCCUUUCUUCUCUCCAGCUGGCGCUGAAUGGUCGCCGGUUACGCCCGGAGGGCCACCCCUUAAGGUUCAUGAUGAUCCAGCAUUAAAGAUGAACGAACUCCCUCAUAUCGAUGCCGUUCUCUUAAGCCAUGAAAACCAUCCUGACAAUCUUGAUGAUCUUGGACGUCAACUUCUGGAUGCUCGUCACACUUUCACCACUAAAGAUGGGGCAAACAACCUUGCCCCUCGCCCUCAUGUACACGGCUUUUCUGAUUGGGAGGAAAAGGACAUUUGUAUCUCUGGCAAAACGUUCCAUAUUACUGCCACACCAUGCAAGCAUUAUCCCGGUCAUGAGUGCGUCGGAUUCAUCGUCCACACUGAGGACUUUGGAGUCGCUUCUGAUGGUCGCCCUUACGCCAUAUACUUUACUGGCGAUACUGUUUAUGUCAAGGAAUUGGCCAAGAUGGCCGACAAGUAUCACAUCGCUGUUGCUCUGAUGAAUCUUGGCAAAGCUUCCAUCGAUGGCAUCAACAGCGAGGGAGAGCCCGGUCACCAAGGUGAAGUCCUUCAAAUUACUAUGGACGGUCGUCAAGCUGCCUGUCUCUUCCGAGACAUCAAGGCAGACGUACUGGUGCCAAUGCACUAUGAGUCCUGGGACCAUUUUACUCAGCAUGAGGAGGAGUUGAGUGAAGAGUUCAAGCAGGAGGGAAUCUUGUCGAACGUUCGCUGGCUCAAGCCUGGACAGGCCGUGGUGAUCAACUGA